AUGGGGGAGAAUCAUAUGCAAAUAUUUAGGACAAUUCUGGGUUGUUGGCAGGCUUUGUCGGAAAUGUUCCUUCCAAUGGCCGUGCCACAUGCGGCUGAUCCAAAACUUACUCCGGCGCGUGCGCGCGCAAUGAUGGCAGAUCUCCUUGCUGGUUUUAGCUCCAAGAGCUUCCAGCGAAAGUUGGAUGUCCUGAUCAGCGCACAGGUUGGACAGAUCCCUCAGGAUCUUCUGCAUGUGCCAGGGCGAGUUGAACUCGCUCUAUCAGUACAGCGUGAGGUGCUGCCUCGCUAUGGCUUUGAUGGCAGUGAACAUGGAGUUGCGCAGAUGCUUGAGGCCAUCCAACCACUGCUUGCCAAAGAUAGUCGCCUUGUAGAACAGUCAGAGGCGAUCCGACAAAAACUGCGGAUAGAGUUGAAGGACCGCCAGGCUGAGGACAGUGAGGCCAAUUUACAUCUAACCAAAGAGAAGGCUGUAGCUUUGCAGAACGAUUUGCUUAGUCAGUUCCGGAGUCCUGACAUUCGAACGCAGCUAUGCAAAUUGAGGACAGACGAUGACGAGAUGCGUGAGCAGCUCAUCAAAGAGGUGAAGUUGGGGCUGUUGCCUCGGUAUGGAUUUCCUGCAAGUGAGAUUGGUUUGGAGACCAUGACCGAGGCCUUAAAAGAGUGGCAGUGGGAUGACGAGAUGCGAAGUUUGAGCAAGACCAUCGAGGAUGACUUGCGCCAGACUGACUUCCACAGACAGGACACAGCCAGCACUGUAGACUCCGAGAGCGGAGCAGGUUCGGGCAAUGAGAGCUACACCAGCAAGGAGGAGAUUUUGCAACUGCUCCGAGAACUUCUUGCAGGCUUCGACUCUCCAGGCUUUCAAUGGAAACUGUCUCUUUUGAAGGGUCGAGGACAAGAUCCUCUUGAUGGAAUUGAGGACUAUUCCCUUUGGCCGUAA